AAUUUUUUACUGAAAAGGGAUUCGGGGACAUUGAGACCGUCGGUUAUGUGAAGAAAGCACGAAGACAGAUUUUUGUCUUCGUAAAAGAAAAAUAGAGGUGAUGAUUCCUGGCAUCGAAAAGUGGCGAAGGGGUCCUCGAAAACUGCACCUUUCUGAUUCGCUCCAGAGUUUUCUCUUCAAACACGAAACAAAGGGAAGAUGCUAUAUUUAUCUUGGAAAUAUUAACCUACCGUGUCUACCUCAGACGCCGAUCUUCAAAGAAAAAAUAUGUCCACGGCCUCCACAGGUGAGGAUACGACAGCAGCUGACACGACUUCUGUCGACGUUGAGGUGUGUCACCAGAGUUGUCCACUAGAUGAGCGCGACACCUCUGCAACCACCUCAGGAGGUACCGAAAGCGACACCUCAUCGAAUGAGGAGACGAGGACUCCUGAAGAGGAAGGCUCUGAUGGCUCUCGUCGUGGACUAGCUACAACAAGAACAACAAGCAGUAGUUCCACUUCUAGUCCACCAAGAACGCCUCCAGAAGGUUCUCAGUCUCACGAACAAAAAAAUGAUGCGAGGACUUCUACUACAAGAAGUACAACCUCCGCUACAACUACGUCAACCUCGUCAAGCUCAACAGGAAACGCGUCUAGCUCUGCUUUUAAGGGUAAAGUAAAGGUGCUUUUGUUCCCGCUUUUUAUGCCUUUCCUAAGCGAGAAAGGCAGAAAAAGCGGGGUCCACGAGCACCAAGACCCUACCUCUAAUUCUUCUUCCUCGUCCAUAUCAAGAACAGCAACAGCAAGAUCUUCUUCUUCCACGAGAAUAAGCAGUAGAUCGUCCAUCCCGACUACUACGAAGAAGUUACUACGAGUUCCUACUGCAGAUAAACUCGUUUUUAAGAAUCCUGAUGGAUCGCUGGCAGCCGGAUUUGGACCCGAUUAUCGGGAGUCGGAAGGCCCGCCAAGCCCGAAAUUUCUACCGAGUUGGCUAGACGACAGUGUGGCGGAUGAGCUAGAGUUAAGGUUGUUAUUUUUUAGAACUGACAUCACCAUGGAAUUUCCAAGACUACACGAGCAGGAGCACAGUCGUAUGACGAUGAUGACGAUGUUGACUAGUUCUUGUUAUGGUCAUAGUACGUAAACCCUGGACUCAGUAGUUCCAUACCUGCUUCUAAACCGCGGCAUCUACAACCGGCAUGAACGCAUUUUGACGACGUUUCUCGUAGUCCAAUUCCUAACGGAAAGCGUUUUCAAUGGCCUUUAUCUAUACUUAAGGCAAGAUGAACACAUCACUUGUAGUAGUUUCAUUUAGGACAGGCACUGGAAGUAGGAAAUCUCCAGAGAGUAAUCCAUAUGAACAUGAAGAUAGAUGAAGUACACAUUUUCUUGGACCAAGACUUACUACGAUGUGCAUGUUGACUAAAACUAGAUGAAGAUAUGACAGUCAGUGCCACUAGUUGAUAAUUGGUCAUGUUGGCGCUCAAAAAGAUGACGGAAAUGACUACACAACUACAACUAGACCUACCACGUCAUCUCUAAUCUACUAUUCUGCAGCGCUGAUUGACGAAAUGGCUUUAGUUUAUCCGCAUCUGGGCAGCCAGAAUAUUACACGAGUUUUUUGGGCAGCGGUCGCCAUUGAAGCAGCUUAUGAAACGGCAUACUACGCGUAUUAUAAUUUGAUACUUUUUGGAAGAUUUUCUUUCUGUAGUUGUUCUUGUUGAUGUGCAGCAGUCGUAGAUGACGAGCCAUGAAGAGGUUCGUUCGCUGUAUUAGUAGAGAACAAAUGUAAAUAUGGUCAUGUCCCAUUCAUGACUUGUUUCGUCAACUACCGUCGCUAUUCAGCUCAACGCAAUUCAUUUGAGGCCACCUCCAACAUCACCCUCUUCCUCAAUUUGUGAUCAAUCACCACCAACAAUUUAGACAAUCCACGCCAACAAUACCACAGUUGCGGUUUCCUUGCUCUGUGGCGAAACGGAGCACGCCAGUUCAAGUGCUUUGCGGACGUCGCUUUCUACGGUUGUAUCCUGCAAGUCCUCUUUGCGUUUGUGAACAAGUUUAAUCUAGUUAUGCUCUUGUUUCGCGCCAUGGCUUACCUCUAUGGUCGUUUCUUCCGCAAUUUCCUCAAGUCGGUGGCAAUCGUGCAAAGAACUGGGCAGCAGCAACAGGAAAUCAUAUGAGGAGGAGUUCGUGGAGGUCGUGUUUAUGUAUAGUCCCCGUUAAUGUUGAGAACCGGUGGACAGGAGUAGCUGCACUAGGGGAGAACAAUAGCAGAGGAUGAUAUAGGAGCGUCCACGAGACCUCCGGACGAACAGCGUAACGCAACCUAUUGCGGUGGGUCUGAGAAGAAAACUUCGUCCUGUCUAGGAUCUUCCUAUCUUGAUCUAGGAAGUCAUCUUCAGAAAAAUUCCUCGUUUAUUUCUGCUAUACCUUAAUAUGCUUAUCAAUGAAAAUGAUAGAAGAGGCACCAUGCGCAUGUCGUUUGCAUCACUUCUCGUAGUCUUGUUUGUCAAUCGCAAAGGUGAAAAAUAUUCCGCAAAAUCCGAUCAGAACUUGUUUUCCAAAAAAGCAAUUUAAGUAACUCAAUUGCAACAAUGAAGUCGAAAAUGAUGCCCGUCUCAUUGUUGUCGUGGACCAUGCAAAAAAAAAGAUUCCAAGUAAAGUUCACCAUUUCGACUUGCGUGUUGACAAUCUUCUCUGUGAUUCUGCUAUGCUGGUGCUUAUUUCCUCGACAACUACUGGUGCCUGGUGAUCAACUACAUCAAUCUGUGACCGUUAUAUUCAGACGAGAACUGUGGCUGAAAAACGAUUAUCUUCAACGAGAACGGGACGACUGAUGAACCGGGUUCAUGCUUACAAAUCAAGAUCAUCCGGAGACAACUUGUGCUUGUAGUGGGGUUGUGCCCUCUUUGUAGAAGGAGAAGUCCUCAUUUAUCAAGUUGGAAGAACGG